GGUGUACUCGACGGUCCUCUCACUAGAGACACUCAGCCUCUUCUCAGGACUUCAUCCAUUCUGCAAUGGCUUUCCUCAACGCUGCCCUUUUCGCCGCCUGCCUGUGCCUGGCCACCGGCCAAGUGAUCCCCCGCAACCCAGUGGUGGCUGCACCUGCCGUGCCCGAGCCAUACGACCCCCACCCACAGUACAGCUACAGCUACGCCGUGCAGGACCCCGUCACCGGGGACACCAAGCAGCAGCAGGAGAGCCGCGACGGAGACGUCGUCCAGGGCAGCUACUCCCUCGUCGAGGCUGACGGCAGCCUGAGGACCGUCGAGUACACCGCUGACCCCGUCAACGGAUUCAACGCCGUCGUCAGCAACAGUGCCACCGGCAUCGUGUCUGCCCCCGCCAAGGUCGCCGCCCCCGCUCCCGUCAUCGCCGCCAAGGCUGCCCCCGUCUACGCACCCGCCCCCGUCUACGCUGCCCCCAAGGUCGCCGCCCCCGUCUACAAGGCUGCCCCCGUUGUGAAGCCCGUCGCUUACAACGCUGCUGCCUACCCCUACAACGCUGCUUACCCUUACAGCGGCUACCCCUACAGUGCCGCCCCCGCAUACGCCUAUGGAGCCGCCCCCGCUGCCUACGCCGCCUACCCCUACUCAGCUGGAUACUCUGGCUACCCCUACACCGCUGGAUACGCUGGCUACCCCAAAUACGCUUACUAGACCUUGCUCUCAAUUCUACCACCAUAACAGCUCUCUUUCUGUACCUAGGUUUCUAUGUAAAUAAAACCAUUCAGUAAA